CUAAAAUUGCACUAACUUGUUAAUUGAUAUUCCUGUAUUGCAGUUUUACACCUGUCCUAAUCCUGUACUUGUUUCAUGUACUCUCUGACUGACUCCUUCCUCUCUCCUUUCACUGUUACUCUGCGUUCUAGCUUAACGUGUUGACUCUCCACUGCCUGCUUCCUGACUGAACAUAGGCUGUGGUUUCCAACACAGUUACAACAUUUAACCUUAUCCUCAUUGCCACAUUCUCUGUAUGCAUGUUCUCCUCCACAUCUUCCACACCUCUCUUUUCCUCGGUAUACAUUAGCAGUAUGACUAUACUGCUGGCAUUUAUAACAUCUGAUGGCAGGAGGAACAUAUGCUCUAACAUUAAAGCUCAUGUAACCGACCAUCACCUUUGCUGGAAGUACCUCUUCAGUGAACUGUAGCAGCACUGUCUCACUGUCACUUUCUCCCCAUUUCUGUAGGCCUGCAACCACCUAAUUCCCGUGACUGUUCCCCCUUUCGUCACUUUUUUCAGUUUGUCCAAGUUUUCCCAGAUGGGGAUUCCUGUUAUCACUUCCCUAGCUCCUCUAACCUCACCAACCAACUUUUUCUCCACUACUUCUUUUUCACCGAUUGCAGCUUCAUUGCUUUAUUUCUCUGCUCUGCACUUUUGCAUUUCACCAACACACUGCCAUCAUGUAACACUUUCGCCAUUUCAAUAUCCCCAAGCACCUUCUUCACUUUGGACUGACCGAUGAUAUCUAACUACUUACAUUGAAUUUAAGCAUUACCUUAAACUCUUCCUUCACAAUCUUCCUCUUAACGUCUCGUCUUUCCUCAUCAUCUUCUAACCUCGCUUCCCUGACAGUGAAAUUUGGCUAUUUCCUCUAUCCUUCCUCCCUACUCCCCCUCCUUUCCUACUAUUCACACUACGUGUCCAUUCCGUCUCCAUUUCUUCAUCUUCUGACAACCCACUACUACUUGUCAUUCCGAUCCAGUCACAAUUCAGAUUAUGCCAAAACCACCUGCCUGUCUUGAGACAACUUUUUAAAAUUCCGUGCCCGAAACCACAACCCAUCCCAAACCUUGAUUUUCACAGGAAUGCUUAAUGAUUUCAAGGACAAUCAAAAGCCUUUGUAGGAGGUACACACCUCAAGCACCUAAGCUGUGGUUAUGGUAGUGGUUUUCAGAGAAUUAAAGGAAAAGUAUUUGUAACCAUACACAGAAACAACUAGAUGUCCGGCUAGGGGGAAUGGCAAAGUGGCUAGUGUGUAUAUUGAGGUUAGGGGUCAGAUAUAAAGGUUGAUUUGCCACUUGGUAAGUUUUAUUGCACAUCUUUAUAUAAAACAAAAAUUUACUUUGUCCUGUCAGUGAAUCUGUGGUUAUUAUUUUUGUCUCACUUAUACACUUUUAAUUUGGGUGGUUGCUCUCCUCAGGAGUUUGUCUUUGUAAUACAGUGAGGAAUACAGUGACCUUUACUUUUGCAUGUGGCACACCCUGCAGAGCUUGUCUAACCUGCCAGGAAUGCGGUACUAGUUAGAAUGGGAGGGAACAUUAUAAACACAAAGACAAGUCUCAUUUCAGACACACUGUGUGGGCAGACAAAUUGUAUGAACCAUCUGCUGCGUUUCACACUAUAGUACAAGCAAGAACCCCAGAUGGCACAGAGAAAAGCUGCUGGCACCUCCAAAGUUGCCAGGCGAAGAUUCUGGUGGCAUUUGAGAUGGCGAUGGAGGAUGCUAGGGGUUUUUGAGAUCAACCCAGAGCAUGAGUGCUAUCAUCUGACAUCCAUGAUAAAAGAAGGCAUGCAAAAUUUAAUUCAGGCCACUAUGGACACACCAGGCCAGGAUACACUCACAGAUGAGGAUUUCAAGACAGAGGAAACUCAAACCUAUGAGGACUUUGAGAUGCAGACAUUUGCACCAUCAGUGUUUGCUAAACUCAGGCAAUCACUGGACAUCACAGAAGGGGAAUAUAUGAAUUCUCUCUGCUUAGGUGGCUACUACCUCCAGUUUGUCAGCAACUCCAAAAGCAAGGCAGAUUUCUUUGUCACGAAUGACAAGAGGUUCUUCCUUAAGACCCAAAGCAGGCGUGAGGUCAGGUUUCUCCUGUCCAAUCUGCAGGCAUAUAUGGACCACUUGGAGAAAUACCCGCACUCACUGAUGGUGAGAUUUCUAGGUGUCCACAGGAUUGUUAUUCCAAAUCAAAUGAAGAAGUACUUCAUUGUGAUGCAGAGUGUGUUUUAUCCUGAUGAGAGGAUCAAUAUCAGAUAUGACAUUAAAGGCUGUGAGGUGGGUAGAUGGACUAACCCUGACACGGGGGGGAAACAAAUAAUAAAAGUGCUGAAGGACAGAAACUUAUCAGGGCAGUUCAUUUCAUUAGGUCAAGAGAAAUCCUGGUUUGCCAGUCAAGUGAAAGCAGAUGCUGCCUUUCUUCAGGAGCUUAAUGUGCUGGACUAUAGUCUCCUGCUGGCCCAUCAACCUCUACACCAAGAUGAGCUCAAAGGAAAACACUCUUUGGCAAAUCUUGUUAUUCAAGCCACAAAGUCUGUGGACUUGGAUGACAGUCCCACAGUGUCAGACCCUCCCACCAUUCCAUUACUGGAAGAGACCUGGGAUAAGGCGGUACCAGAUACUACAAACUGUGGGUCUGACCAGGAACAGGCAGUGGCUGAGGGAACUAGUGAAGGAAUCCCCCUCCAAAAGAUAAACCACGAUGCUAUAGAAACCAGGACUGACUCAGUACUGCAGGAAUUCCACAAGCAUCAUAAAAGGCUGCUGCCCAACUGCAAGAAUGGGAUUCAUGUGAUUGAUGGGCCAGACUCUCGCUACUUUGUGGGCAUUAUAGACAUUUUUACUGUCUACAACUGGAAGAAAAGACUGGAGAACCUGUGGAAAAGCCUCCGGUACCCAGGCAGGGCCUUUUCCACAGUUAGACCUGCCAAGUACUCACGCAGGUUCUGCCAGUGGAUACAGGAUCACACUCAGUGACAAAAUGCAGAAGACAUUCAUUACUGAUAAACAUGGCACUUUCUGUAUAACCCUCACUGUCCACUGGAUGGUGCUGUGACUCAGUUGCAGCUGCUGGAGAAAAUCUGCUGUCAUGUCAGGUCCGUUUUAGGAGGACCUGCCCAUGGGUAAAACUCACUUUGAAUAUACAGUAUAUACUGUAAAUACUUACAAUAUGGUAUUGUAGCAGAAUAAAGAUGAGUGCUUUAUACAAGUAAAAUCCAAACAAGUGUAAGCAUGCUUUCAGUAUGCACAAUGAUGAUGAUGAUGAUUGAUGAUAGGGAAAUGACAGAGCAGUCACUCAAUCAAAAUGUGAUGCAGCGACAUUAAGUGGAUAUCUGGGGUGUAAGUGCAACCAGUCAAUAGAUGUGGAGAUUUUCUGUGCAGUUUCAGGGACUUAUGCUAUAGGCAAUAUAAACAAAUGGGGGGUGGGGUGGGGGCACUAUGCAUAUUCUCAGUUGUGACUUUUCCUCUUUCUCACUGAUAUAUGAUUUUUGUGAAAUGCACAUGAAAGUACAACUUUUAAUACCUUUAAAGCUUUAUUGGUUUUACCAGUGAUUUACAACAGCUUAUUGAUUGUAUAAAGUCAUUUUAAUAUUCAGUCAGUUAAAUACAAGCAGUUAUCAUAUAGUGUACUCUUCAUGUAUUAAAAGGUAAAUGAGAACUA